AUGUUAAAAAGGAUUAUAAAAUACGAAGACAUAGGCAGUUCAGUGGAGGAACUCGAAGAAGAAGGAAGAGGAAGUGAAGUGAAAAGUGAGGGAAGUGAAGAGACAAGUGACCUAAAGGCGUACACGGAGGAUUGGUGCGGUAACGUGUGGACCGGCGCACUUGUAGAAGCGUACGUGAAGAUAGGCGCUAGAAUCAGAUUGCGUCGCACUGGUAGUCGCGUAAAUAUAGAAUUGGGACGCAACGAGAGAGUCGUCAGACUUGUACUAAUAAGUGAGGAU